UCCAUUUCUUUGUUCCUAUGAAAAAGUAGGAUGGAAAUUGUUGGAGCUUUGCUAAAAGUUUUACUUUAUGUUGAUAUCAAUUUCAUUUAAAUGACAAACGAAAAUAGUUAAAUUGAACACCAUGAAGAUAAGAAAGAAAGUACUAUUUUGAGAAAGACGAAUCUAAAAUAAAUGAUAAUAUGAUUUGUCACACAGAUAUAUUUCUAUUGUUGGUUUUCACAGUUCCAAUGCUAGCUGAUUAUCUACAACAAUGUCUGAAAACACCAAUUGAAGAAAAUGUCACAUUGAAAGGUGGUAUUGGUGCGGGCACCUUUAAAAAGCUGGGGAAAGUGACAGAAAUGAGAUCAUGUAUUCAGUUAUGUUGUAAAGAAAUGUCAUGUGAUGUUGCAUUUAUGUCAGCGCAAAAUUGUUAUGCUGUUGAAUGUGUUAGUGAUGAUGAGUGUGAGUCAACGACAACGGAUACUUCUGAUGUUCAAGUUCUGAUUGCUCAUGUUAAGAAAAUUAAGAAAAAGGCAGGUAACUCAACCUUGGAUGUUUUAACCAACCCUGGUCUCCUGGCAAAAAAGAGUCCUCUUGCAACAGGAGGAAAUCCAGCAAUGGCAGGAAUGGCAGGAAAGUGCAAGGCUGGCAAAGUAUAUCAUGAGGUGACUUUACGUGGAGGUAUUAAUGCAGGCACAUAUAAAGACAUUGGACUGGUCAGUGGAAUGUCCCAAUGUCAGAAGAAAUGUUGCAGCUUUUCAGCUUGUGAUCUUGCUUUUUUAUUGGGCGGAAGAUGUUAUCUGGUCGGUUGUGCUGAUGGAAAAGGUUGUCAAAUAAAUAAGGCUAAACCUUCUAUAUAUAAGCCAAUGAUAUCUUAUGUGACGCGCUGGAGUACCGAAGGAGUAAAACAUACAAUUCAUUUUGAUGGACCUGAAAGAGCUGAUCAAUACCAAUGUCCACGCAUGGUACCGCUGACUAAAGUAACGCUAAAAGGCGGGCUUAAAGCUGGAGAUUUCACUGAUGUAGGAAAAGUUGGAAAGCUAAAAGAUUGUUACGAUAUUUGUUGUCGCACAGAAAACUGUGACCUUGCAUUCAUGCUUGGUCAGAAUUGCUUCAGUAUCAAGUGCCAUGAUAAAAGUUUAUGUACUACAAUCCCUGCACAACCAAGCAUCUUCAACCCACAGAUAGCGUACGUUCUAACUAGAGAAAAAGUUUCCUUAAAGACAACAAUGGAAGAAAAGUACCAUGGAAAUGAUUUAAAAAAUAUAUCUCACGUUACAUGUCCAAAAGGUCACGUGGUUGAUAAAGUCACAUUAACUGGGGGUUUGAAUGCUGGCAAAUAUAGAGAUCACGGCAAGGUUGAAGACAUUCAAAAAUGUCGUCGUAUCUGCUGUGAAAUCCCGAAAUGCAACGUGGCCUUUAUGAUUGCGGAGAAUUGUUUUUCCGUAGAAUGUAAGACGGAGCCCGGAUGUCGUACCCAGCCUGCCGUAUCAACACAAUAUCACCCUAGAAUUUCAUACGUACGGUUUAUUGGAUCAGAUAACAUUAUUGGUGUAUUUAAUGAUAUGAACGAUACAGAAAAGAAUACUACAAAAAACCUAGACGAUCUCUUCAGUUCUGGAACAUUACAACAGGAAUCGUCUAUUUCUAAAACAGCAGCUGAGUUUGAAGAUUCACGCAAUAUUUUAACAUCACAAUUUAUAAAACCUCGACCUCAGACGACCACAGAAUCUCCUUUGAAAACCAGUAUACUGUUAAUGAAUGGUGAUACUACAGAUCUUGCAUCUGCAUUAAAGAGUGCUCAACCAACAACUAAAAACCUUGCAAAGAGUAAUUCAGCUAUAAAGAACCAACUGCACGAUGCCAAAGCAGGGCAAGCAAUUGCUCUAAAAAUGAUCAAUGGUGAACUGCAACUCUCUCCAACAGAGAAAAAUGGGACAAAAUUUUCUAAUUCAAUGAUAAAUAAGGAUAAUAUUUCCAGUUGUAAAGCUAUAAAACAAAUGAAGGACGUAACUUUAUCGGGUGGAAAAAAUGCUGGUACCUUUAAAGAACAAGGGCAGACGUCUACUAUGGAUAAAUGCGUCAAAUUUUGCUGUAAAGAGAAGAAUUGUAACUUAGUAUUAUUGCUUGAUAAAAUGUGCUACACGGUAGCAUGUAAGGACAAGAAAUCUUGUGAAACAUCACCAGCUCCUCCAUCCAAUUUUGUUCCUAAACUUGCAAUUGUUCGGCCAGUAGAAAACGCCACCUCAAAGGAAGUUAAACGUCCAACUAUUUCCAAAAUUCCAAACAAUUUGAAGUGCAAAUACAAAAAGAUAUCAAAUAAUAUUAAGUUAAAGAACGGCAAAAAAGCAGGAAUAUUUAAGCUAGCUGAAGACGUUAAGACAAUGGCAGAAUGUAUGGCAACAUGUUGUGAUGAAUCGAUGUGUGAUCUAGCUUACUUUGAGCGAGGAAAAUGUUUUUCUGUGAUAUGUAACCCAAAUAAUGGCUGUUCUACAACUAACGUAACAAACGACGAAGACUAUCCACUAAUGGCAUUUACAUCAUCCGUUCAAAAAUCGGCUGUAAAAGAAGCUGAAGUAAACACGGAAGAAGAUAAUCCAAUGCCAAAAAAAGAUGAGCAUUGUCAACCAAGAAAAAUAACACGUAGCAGUAAAUUGAGUGGAGCAAAGUUAACAGAGAUUGGAAAAGUAAAAAACCUUCAAUCAUGUAUUGAGCAUUGUUGUCGUAAAGAUAGUUGUGAUGUUGUCUACAUGGAAGAUGAGACAUGUUAUACAGUAGAGUGUCAAGAUGGUUUGCAAUGUCGGUCCUUUGAGAAAUCUGCCGAAAAAGAUGAAAAUACUUUGAUUGCUUACAUGCAAAGAACUGUUAACAAAGCAGAAAAAGAGCAAGAUUGGGUAAUAGUGUAUGUAAUCGUUGGAUCACUGGUCUGUGCAUCAGGUUUAAGUGGGAUCAUUUGGGCUUCCUGUAUCUGCAUCAAGAGAAACCGUCUCCGUCAAAGCCGACGAUUGAUUGACGAUGUAAGUGAGGAAGAAGAAGAAGAAGAAGAAGAAAUGAUUCCGAAACGUAAUUACAAAAGGUAUAAGAAUCCAGUCCCAAGACUAUAUCGUUGAUAAAGUACAGUAAAUGCAUCGGUCAUCACACUGCAGUUUGACAAAGACUUUUAUAAUAACCGAUAAUUUGUUGUCAUAAAAAGACAGCUGGGGAAGUUAUUGAUCAUAGACUGUCAAUGCAUUAUGUCAAUAAAAAAAUCAAAUAGAAGAUAAAAGAUUAGUUUUCUUCAUUUUAUUUGUUUUACAGAUAAAUUAAUUUUAAGAUUAUUUUUAGUCACUAGAAAUUGACUUGAAAUGAAAUAAGCUUAAAAUUCAUUUUAGAUAUUAAAUUUUUAAAACAAAUUUUAA